UAAAUAUAUCCUGCCCAUAACUAAGACUAAGCGAAGCAACAAAAGGCAGACUAGACCAAGAGUUGCUGACGCCAUGUGGAAAGUUCCUGUCCAUGCAACUUACUAAGUCAUGACAGUCAUCCAUUUUCUACGUGGUUCACUCUCUGUCGCCUUCCGGUCUUGAGGUCGUCAGGUAUAUAAAUCCCCUCAAGCGUUCAGGUCUUGAGCAAGUCUUCAGAUUUAGGGUACAGCAAAGUAAGUUUAAUCUGUAGUAAAUAAAGGGUAAAAAAAAAAAAAAACAUAAAAGCAGAAGCGCAAUGGCGGGUGGUGGAUUUGGGGCCGCAGGAGGAGGGGGAGAUUUUGAGGCAAAGAUCACGCCUCUUGUGAUCAUUUCUUGUAUAUUGGCCUCUACCGGAGGCCUCAUGUUUGGUUAUGAUGUUGGUAUUUCAGGGGGUGUUACAUCCAUGCCAGAGUUCCUGAGAAAGUUCUUCCCCAGCGUCUAUAGAAAGAAUCAACAGCCCGGACUUGAAAGCAAUUACUGUAAAUACGAUAAUCAAGGCUUACAGCUGUUCACGUCUUCAUUGUACCUCGCUGCACUGGUAGCAACCUUCGUUGCGAUGUACACUACCAAAUCACUAGGCCGGAAGCUAACCAUGUUGAUGGCUGGCGUUUUCUUUCUAAUCGGGUCAGUUCUAAAUUUUGCAGCUCAGAACCUUGUCAUGCUUAUCAUUGGGAGGAUCUUACUUGGUUGUGGAGUUGGUUUUGCUAACCAGGCGGUGCCACUUUUCCUUUCGGAGGUUGCACCCACAAGAAUUCGUGGGGCACUUAACAUACUCUUCCAGCUCAUGUGCACCAUUGGCAUUCUUGUAGCAAACAUGAUUAAUUAUGGAACUGACAAAAUUAAGGGGAACUAUGGAUGGAGGAUAUCACUGGGUUUGGCUGGCGUUCCAGCACUCAUGCUAACCUUGGGGUCUCUCAUUGUGGUCGACACUCCAAACAGUUUGAUUGCUCGUGGUAAAUUGGAAGAAGGAAAAGCAAUUCUUAAAAGAAUUCGGGGUGUAGACAACGUAGAACCAGAGUUUUUAGAAAUUGUGGAGGCAAGUCGUGUGGCUAAUGAAGUAAAAAGUCCCUUCAAAAACCUCCUGAAGCGUAGGAACAGGCCUCAAUUGAUCAUUGCAAUUUUUAUGCAGAUUUUCCAGCAAUUCACUGGAAUUAACGCAAUCAUGUUCUACGCUCCCGUUUUGUUCAAAACCUUGGGAUUUAAGAGUGAUGCUUCCCUUUACUCAUCAGCGAUAACAGGAGCUGUCAACGUCCUCUCAACCAUGGUAUCAAUCUACUUUGUGGACAGAGCUGGUCGCAGAGUGCUCUUGCUAGAAGCAGGUGUCCAAAUGUUCCUUUCUCAACUGGUGGUUGCAAUAGUGAUGGGACUCAAAGUUAAGGACAAUGUUAACAACCUCGGACAUGGAUUGGGAAUUCUUGUGCUGGUUUUUGUGUGCAUUUUUGUUGCCUCCUUUGCGUGGUCAUGGGGACCUCUCGGGUGGCUGAUUCCUAGUGAGACUUUCCCAUUGGAGGCCCGCUCAGCUGGCCAGAGUGUGGCUGUCUUUUUCAACAUGCUCUUCACAUUUAUCAUAGCGCAAGCCUUCCUCUCAAUGCUUUGCCACAUGAAGUUUGCCAUUUUCUUAUUCUUUGCAGCUUGGAUUUUGGUCAUGACAAUCUUUGUGAUCUUCUUACUUCCAGAGACCAAGGGAGUUCCUAUUGAAGAAAUGACUGAACGAGUAUGGAAACAACAUUGGUUCUGGAAGCGAUAUAUGGAUGAGGUUGAAGUUGAUCCCAAGGCUAAAGCGGAUGCUUGAACCAUCUUACGGUCUCUAUAUGGUGGUUGCUAACGUUGCAGCUGGUUUCUCAAAUUUCUGCCUUUGGAAAAUUUCUUUCAAUUUUCUUUAUCACAAUUGUACGUACUAUUACAAUGUAGAUUUAAAUAUUUCUUUGAUACUAAAGAUUUUCAUUUUUC